AAACCACUGUCUGUCAUUGUAACUUUUGUCAGCAAGCCAGCAACCAAUGCAGAGAGAGAGAGAGAGAGAGAGUUGGUUCUGUUUCAAGAGUCAAAUUCUCAGCCAGCGAGCAAAAGAAGCUGGCAAGGAAAGAUCCCUCGACUACCCACCAAAGAAUUUUCUUCUUAAACUCCAUAAGCGAAAUCCGGUCAAUGCUCUCUCAGAUCAUUCUCUCUCUCUCUCUCUGUGAUGAUCGAUUUUGUUCCAAAAUAAGCUUGUAUUCUCUUUCUGCAUUCGCUUAUUCACUGGUUUUCACAUUUUAUUUCCGAUCUUACCUCUGGUUUAUCUCUUUUGCUGACCUUCCUAUCCGGCCACGAUGUAUAACACUGAUAUGCUCGUCAACUGUUCCACCUGCCGGACACCACUGCAGCUCCCGCCCGGCGCCAAAUCCAUAAGGUGCGCCAUCUGCCAAGCCAUUACGCACGUCGCUGACCCUCGUAGUGCUCCUCCUCCUCCUUAUUCCUAUAACUCACCCGCCCCUUACCAACCUCCGCUACCGUCGGCAUCCGCCCUUUCACCCUACAACCACGCGCCGCCGGGCCCCCCUCCUUCUCCCCACGGCCGCAAGAAGGCAGUCAUAUGCGGCAUAUCGUAUCGGUACUCCCGGCACGAACUCAAGGGCUGCAUCAAUGAUGCCAAGUGUAUGCGUUACCUCCUCAUCAAUCGUUUCAAGUUCCCCGAAUCUUCCAUCCUCAUGCUCACUGAAGAAGAAACUGAUCCAUACAGGAUUCCAACUAAGCACAACAUAAGGAUGGCAUUAUAUUGGCUUGUACAAGGUUGUCAACCAGGAGACUCUUUAGUGUUUCACUAUUCUGGUCAUGGUUCACAGCAGAGGAACUAUAAUGGUGAUGAGGUUGAUGGAUAUGAUGAAACCCUCUGUCCCUUGGACUUUGAAACUCAGGGAAUGAUCGUUGAUGAUGAGAUAAACGCAACAAUUGUUAGACCCCUUCCUCGUGGGGUAAAGCUGCAUGCAAUAAUAGAUGCUUGCCAUAGUGGGACUGUACUAGAUUUACCGUUCCUCUGCAGAAUGGACAGGAGUGGGCGUUAUGCAUGGGAGGAUCAUCGUCCUCAGUCAGGUGUAUGGAAAGGAACAAAUGGUGGGGAGGCCAUUUCCUUCAGUGGUUGUGACGAUCAUCAAACAUCUGCCGAUACCUCUGCUCUAUCUCAAAUCACUUCAACAGGUGCCAUGACUUACUGUUUCAUCCAAGCGAUUGAGCGUGGAGAAGCAACUACAUAUGGGAGCAUACUGAAUUCAAUGCGUGAUACAAUUCGUAACACAGGUAGUGACCUUGGUGGAGGUCCAGUGACAUCUCUCCUAACCAUGCUUUUAACAGGAGGUAGCUUCAGUCUCGGUGGUGGGCUGAGACAGGAGCCACAGUUAACGGCCUACAACACAUUCCAUGUUUAUGCCAAACCUUUCUCCUUGUGAUUUGUAUUCUCUCUCACACACACGAUCUACAAGCUACAGCUUCUUUACAUUGUGUUGACUGAUUCUGUACAGUUCAAACGGAUCCAGCCAUGGGGAAGUGCUUGAGGUCUAUCUUGUAAUGUCCUUGAAAUUUUCUUUGCGGACCUUGCCCUGUUUUCACCAUAGGAUGUAAUUUUAACGUAGGGCAAGAAAACAAUUUCACUCUGAAAUGUUCAUCCAUAUUUUUUCUCCUUUUGUAGUGGACACUUUGUUCACCCUAUUUAUAUUGAAUCUAAUGGAGGAAUUGCCAGAUUAUUUUACCAAAACAAGGAAGAGAGUUGCAGUA